AAGUGAUCCACAUUUAAAGAUGGAUAAAUAUAACCUGACAGCGUAUGAUGAAGAAGAUGAUCUUUAUUCUGGAUUUAAUGAGUUCCAUCCUACAUUGAACACUUCCAGUCUUAUACAAGAUUCUCUUUCCAGAGAUGUAAAACAGCAACAAUCAAUGAUACAAAUGCAGCAAUCAAGGGGUGUUACAGCAUCCCGUGGAGCAAAUGCAACUGCAGUUGCCAGGCCAUUGACUGCCAUCCAUGGUGCUGGAUAUACCUCUUCAAGGAUGACAACAGCUAAUCAGACCUAUGAUCCUCUUAACCAGUCGGGAAGAGUUACAACACCUUUUGCAGAACCGAAAACCGUUGAUCCACCAGAAAAACAAAUGAAGAUGCUGGAGAGCAGCAUUCACCGGAUUGUGGAAGAAUCCAUACUUGCAAACAGCAAAGAAGAAUUCAGAGUGGCGCUGGAUAAGGCCAAAGAAGCAGUUAACAAAGAAAAAAGUCUUAUACGGCAAAAAGAACAAUCUGGAAUGGGAGAAUCAAAUAAUGACUUGGCCUUCAUGGUACACUACUGCUGGUGCGUCCUUUUUGUUUUAUUCAAUCUCGCGAAUCAGUAUGUUGCCAACGGUUUGUUUUCCGAAGCAAUGUCAUCCUAUCAACAGUUGAUUAAAAAUCGUACAUUUGCCAACAUCGGCCGACUACGUCUCAAUAUUGCUAAUUUGCAUUUCCGGCUCGGACAGUAUGCCCUUGCAUUGAAGCAGUAUCGGAUGGCCUUGGAUCAAGUUCCAGCCCAUUUCACAACACUAAGGACAAAAAUUAUGCAAAAUAUUGGCUUGCUGUUUAUCAAAAUGGGACAAUACAAUGAUGCCUGUACGAGUUUCGAAUUUGUUAUGCAAGAAAAACCCGACUUCAAAACAGGUUUACACAUGGUGCUAAGUUACUACGCAUUGGCUGAUCGAGAAAAUAUGCGUAAAUCAUUUUUGCGCUUGUUGGACGUUCAUGCUGAGGCAGACGACUUUGAGAAAUUGGUGCCGGAGGGUGACGCCCAGUGGAAUUCUCUGCGUGAAUCCUUGAAUAACGAUCCGUUACACCGUUUGGAGCGUCAGGCCAAAUUUGAAGGAGAAAGAUGCAUAUUGAUGUCGGCCAAGUUAAUCUCGCCGGUCAUCGAAGAUACUUUUACUGUGGGCUACCAGUGGUGCGUCGAAGCGAUCAAAGAGUCAACCCACAACCAUCUAGCAGACGAUUUGGAGAUCAAUAAAGCUGUUCUUUUUUUACGCCAGAAGGAUGUGGCUCAGGCUACUGAAACGUUAAGGAGUUUCGAGAAACGGUCCAAUAAAAUGGCUACCAACGCAGCCGUCAACCUGUCCACGAUUUAUUACCUCCAAGGUGAUGUUGCAAGCGCUGAGAAAUAUGCCGAAGUAGCCCGAGAUUCGGAUCCUUACAACGCAGCUGCUUUUGUCUGCUUAGGCAACUGUUCUCUGCGUCGUUCGGAUUUUAACAAAGCCAAAGACUUUUUUCUCUGCGCCUUGGAUAAUGAUGCUGCUUGUGUUGAAGCGUUAUACAAUCUCGGUCUAACGUACCGAUCAACGAACCAAGUUGAGAAAAGCAUGGAACAAUUUGUCAAACUACAAAUGGUGUUGCGUCAUCAGCCCGAAGUCCUUUUUCAGAUCGCUAAUCUCAACGAGGAUCUCGGCAAUGACGAACAAGCGAUUGAAUGGUAUUUGCAAGUUCAUACGGUGGUGCCGUCUGAUGAAGGCGUCCUUCAGAAAUUGGGAGAAACUUUUGAUCGUCUAGGAGACAGGCAACAGGCUUUUCAAUACUAUUCCGAUUCGUAUCGUCACUAUCCAUCGAAUUUGGAAGUGAUUCGGUGGUUGGCGUCCUAUUACACGGAGAUGCACGUCCCAGAAAAAGCCAUUUCGUUGUACGAACGUGCUGGACAAAUGCGUCCUAAUGAAGUUCAAUGGCAGUUGGCAGUGGCGAGCUGCACACAACGAGUUGGAAACUAUCAUAAAGCUCUGCAAAUUUUGAAGAGUACCCGCUCGAAAUUUCCUGAAAAUAUCGAAUGUUUGAGAGCUUUGAUCCGGUUAUGCACCGAUCUCGGGUUGAAAGAGGCUGGAGACUAUGCAUCCGAUUUACGUAAAUUGGAGCACAGCCAGAACGAAACGAUCCAGGAGAAUAAGCGAACUGGCACAAGCGUGACCUACAGUAGCGGACGAGGAUCAGGACUGAGUUCGGCUGCGAGCGGAGUAGACUCAACCCUAAAAAGCCAACCAACUUCAGCGGAAUCACUUUCAAAAUCAAUUCAUUUGUAUCAAACUACUCCCGUCGAUACGAGUUACCAGGAUCAACUGGGUCCAUUGCAAGAUCGUCCUAGAACUAGCCGGCGGCUGAUGAAUGUCGAAACAGAUGAUCUGGAUGUAGGCAGCGAUCUGUUGCCACUCUGAGGGACAAGGCAGCAGUAGCACUCUCGUGAUUCUGUAAUCUGUGAAAGAAGAAUCCUGGCUCUGUUAUAACGUAGACACUCUGUGUAAUUGAUUCUCGUACCAUUGAUUGCGUAAUCGCCCGGUUCCCGACUCGAUGUUUUCUAGUAAUUUUUCUUUUUGUUUUACGCGUCAACACAUUUACGCUGGAACGUCUUGUGUACUUGCAUAACGCUGUACAAAUUUACAACAACAAAAUAGAAAGGGCAACAAAAUCUUUUCGCUAAUUUCAAGUUAUUACUGGUAAAUCUUUCAUACAUAGUUCCUUAUUUUUUGUGUUGUGUCUUUUUUUUUUUUCUGUGUGAAGUAUGACGUACAAUUUAUCGACUGGUACAGUUAACUAAAACUAAAUUUCAAAAAAAAAAAAUCAAAAAUAAAUACCGUUCUGGGCAGGAGUUAAAGGUCA